AUCAAAGUUUCGGGUAUCUUUUACUCACCUCAUAGCUGGUUUAACAAUUUCUCACCUCAUUCUCGACGGGUUAAUAUAACAUAAUAUAACUUAACAUUACAUAACAUCAUAUAACCUAACCUAGUUUAACCUAUUUUAAUCUAACCUUAACUAAUGUAUAUUUGCUGAAAAUAGCUUCAUAGCCUGUUCAAAUAUCUGAAAAUUAUGUGUAAAUGUUAUAUUUGACAACUGGUAUAAUAUUUUUCACCAAAUCAGAAAUAUAAGUUGGGGAUUGAUGACAAGAAGUUUCUGUUGAAAAAAUAACAGAAACUACUUAAAGAUUUGCUUGAAUUGAAAAGUUUCAACACAGUCAACCAAUGAAGCAUUCCACAAAUAGAUGACAUCACGUCAUAUAGAACAAAUGCAAUUUAUAAAAGGGUAAACUAGCUCGGAAAUUUUAACAAUUUAAUGAUUUAUUUUUAAUGGUGAAUGGUACUUUUUUCAACCUGAUAGGGCUCUCCAUCGUGAACCACUUUUUACUCAAUAGUGCAAGGACAAUUCAGAAUUCUUUAAGUUCAACAUAACAAUGAAUAAACAGAUAAGAAGACUCGAAACUUCAAAGAAAACGAAAUGUUUGUGUCUGACAAACAGCGUAUCCAAUAUAAUUGGUCGACUUGGUGUAAUAAUUAGUCGAUAUCCCCUCUAUUUUGUCAUUAUUCCUGUCAUUCUUUCCAGUUUAUUAUCACUCGGACUUAUUAAGGUUCGAACCAAUGAAGACAUCGAUUUUCUCUUAACUGCAGACAGUGGUAAAUAUUUUGAUGCCAAACAGUUUAUACAUAACACAUUCCAUACCGAUUCGGGUAGAUUCGAUUUUUUACGACUUACCAAACGCCCACGUUUUCCAAUGAUCUAUAUAGUAAAUGACAGAGAAGACGACAUUUUACGCAAAAAAUUUUUGGACGAAAUACAAAUUGUUGAUAAGAUUGUAAAAAAUACCACAACUUUUGUAGAUGGAAAGAUUUUUGGUUACUCGGAAGUGUGCCAAAUUGUAGAUGGCAAGUGUUCAGAAAAUACUCUCAUUGAUCUGCUGAACGACUCCGAAAACGCUAUUCAUGAAAUAUUAAAAAUGAAGUAUCCCGUUAAUAUGGAUCCUCUAACAUACGCGUACAAAAUCUUCUGUAUAAAUUUAGGAGGAGUGACGACAGACGACAAAGGAUACAUAAUUGAAGCAAAGGCCGUUCGUUUACUGUAUCCGACUGAAGAAUCCAAUGCAAGUAAAAACAAGUGGAAUGAAGAAUGGACAAAGGCAGUUUACAACAAGUUAAGAGAUUAUACUUUCGAGCAUAUUAAAACAUUUCCCGAUCCAUUCGCGUCUACCGAUUAUCAAGUACAACGCAUUUCACAGGAAUUAGUGUCUUUGAUAAGCGUGGCUGUGGUCGUUGUGGCCAUUUUCUCCAAGGUGACGAACAUGACUAACAAUUGGGUAAAAUCCAAACCCUGGUUAGGCGUAGCUACUGUCGUAUCUGCCGGUCUGGCUGUGACCACCGCUUUUGGAUUAUUAUCCGCCUGUGGAGUAGAAAAUCUUCGGUGGAACGUCACCCUUCCUUUCAUGAUUUUUGCUACGGAAGUGGACGACUCGUUUGUCGUAUUGGCUUGUUGGAAGGUAACAGAUUGCAACGACAGAGUAGAAAAACGAAUGGAACAGACAUAUCGCAACGCAGCAGUGUCCAUCACCAUAACGUCUCUAACGAAUUUCUUCUCGUAUUGCAUUGCCAUGACGUCACCAUUCCCGGGUGUAAGAAUAUUCUGUUUAUAUGCCGCCACGUGCAUUUUCUUCAGUUAUGUCUUUCAGUUAUUAUUUUUCGGCGGAUGUUUGGCAUUAAGUGGAUACAGGGAAGAGAAGAAUCUUCAUCCUUUCACAUUUAAACCAGCUUUUGAUGGCAAGUGUUCAGAAAAUACUCUCAUUGAUCUGCUGAACGACUCCGAAAACGCUAUUCAUGAAAUAUUAAAAAUGAAGUAUCCCGUUAAUAUGGAUCCUCUAACAUACGCGUACAAAAUCUUCUGUAUAAAUUUAGGAGGAGUGACGACAGACGACAAAGGAUACAUAAUUGAAGCAAAGGCCGUUCGUUUACUGUAUCCGACUGAAGAAUCCAAUGCAAGUAAAAACAAGUGGAAUGAAGAAUGGACAAAGGCAGUUUACAACAAGUUAAGAGAUUAUACUUUCGAGCAUAUUAAAACAUUUCCCGAUCCAUUCGCGUCUACCGAUUAUCAAGUACAACGCAUUUCACAGGAAUUAGUGUCUUUGAUAAGCGUGGCUGUGGUCGUUGUGGCCAUUUUCUCCAAGGUGACGAACAUGACUAACAAUUGGGUAAAAUCCAAACCCUGGUUAGGCGUAGCUACUGUCGUAUCUGCCGGUCUGGCUGUGACCACCGCUUUUGGAUUAUUAUCCGCCUGUGGAGUAGAAAAUCUUCGGUGGAACGUCACCCUUCCUUUCAUGAUUUUUGCUACGGAAGUGGACGACUCGUUUGUCGUAUUGGCUUGUUGGAAGGUAACAGAUUGCAACGACAGAGUAGAAAAACGAAUGGAACAGACAUAUCGCAACGCAGCAGUGUCCAUCACCAUAACGUCUCUAACGAAUUUCUUCUCGUAUUGCAUUGCCAUGACGUCACCAUUCCCGGGUGUAAGAAUAUUCUGUUUAUAUGCCGCCACGUGCAUUUUCUUCAGUUAUGUCUUUCAGUUAUUAUUUUUCGGCGGAUGUUUGGCAUUAAGUGGAUACAGGGAAGAGAAGAAUCUUCAUCCUUUUACAUUUAAACCAGCUUUUGAAACUAUUGGACAAAGUGACUAUUACAAAGAAGAAACUGAAGACUGUUUUAUGAAGUUCUUCAGAAAUACAUUUUCAGCUUUUAUUUUUCAUCCUGUAUCACGAAUUCUUAUUAUCUUUUCAUAUUUUAUGUUAUUGUCAAUUGGUAUAUGGGGUGUUAUGUCCUUACAGGAGGGGCUGAAUGUGUACAAAUUCAAUUCAGAAAGCUCCGAAAUUACACGGGGAUUUCAUGUUUUCUAUAGAUAUUUUACCGAAUACCCUUUCACGGUGCACGUCGUCAUUAAGGAAACUUUAGAUUAUUCUAAUCCACGAGUUCAAGAGUCAGUUUAUGAUUUCAUGAAACAAUUUCACACUAUUGAAAAUAUUGCCGGAUAUGAGUACGAAUUUUCUUGGUUAAAAUAUUAUAAGGAAUUCCAAAAUCAUCCCAUUUCGAAGUAUUCUUUAAGGGGUUACGAUCUGUCUCGGAAGCAAGAUUUCAUGGAUGCUCUUAGAAACGUCUUCUUGAAAUUCACAGGAGCCAAGCAUUUUAACAAUGACAUCAUUUAUAAUCACAAUUACACUGAUAUUGUAGCCAGUCGUUUCUUAUUUUUAGCGAAAAAUGUUUCGGACAGAGUAACGGAAUUCAAAAUAGUAAACGAUUUAUCGAAAAUAGCCGAAGAAGCGCCAUUUUCCGUUGUAAUCCAUACAUUAAUAUCGCCCAUAGUCGAGCAAGGAAUUGUCAUCAGACAGAUAACGUUUCAACUGUUUUGGAUCACUUCCUUGCUAAUCUUUGUCAUUUUUAUUUCUUUAAUUCCCAAUUUGCAUUGCGCUCUUAUCGUCGCUAUCUGUGUCGUGUCCAUCACCGUGCAGACGAUCGGUUUCAUGUCUUUAUGGGUUAUCAAUCUGGAUAUCGUGUCUCUGAUGUGCCUGAUUCUCUGCAUCGGGUUUUGUGUCAAUUAUCCCACUCACAUAUGCUAUUCUUUUAUUACUUCAUCACAAGCAACGACUGAAGAAAAGUUAAAGGAUAGCUUAUGUCACGUAGGUUUUCCGUUAAUUCAAGGGGCAAUUUCUACUGGAUUAGUAUUGUUAAUCGUCGCCUAUUAUAAUAUAUUUGUAUACACCACUUUCGUUAAAAUCGUUUUCGUAAUUGUAUUACAAACAAUAUUUCACGCAUUAUUUGUUAUUCCUACAAUAAUCUGGAUAACUGCCCCAUGUACAAGAGCAUGA